ACCGCUUCUAAGUCUAGUCCUCAGCUUGACCUUCAGGAAAUGCCAACCACCUGGGGCACCACUAUCCGCCCACUCACGGCUGCGCGUCUCCAUAUUAUCCGCUUUAUUCGUCUCCUUAUCGAGUCCUCUGAGCAGUCUAUUGAGGCCGAACUCGUACGUCUUGACUUUAUAGGCGUGAUUUUGACUAUGACAUAA